UGGUUGAUUAAGGGUGCUUCUUGAAACUGCUCUGUUGGCAUUCCUUUCAGCCCAAUACCUAAAACCCUAGGAUCUCUCUAAACUAAUGGGGAAGAAGCGAAAGCACACUGAGACUGAGGUUCCUGCAAAAAAGAAUGAAAGUGCUCCCCAGCGGCCUAAAAGGGCGCUCUUAGGCUGGAAAGAUAAAGAUGAGGAAGCGUCAACUGAAUCUUUUUCAGGUUUUAGGAACAAAGAGAAGGUUUUGGUUACUUGUUCCAGGCGAAUUAACUACAGGUAUCGGCAUUUGAUGCUGAACCUGGUGUCCCUCUUGCCUCACUGCAAGAAGGAUAGCAAGGUUGAGUCUAAAAGUACCAAAGGCGCAACCCUGAAUGAGCUUGUUGAGCUUAAAAGUGGUUCUUCCUGUCUGUUUUUUGAGUGCAGGAAACACAAAGACCUUUAUCUCUGGAUGGUCAAGUCUCCAGGUGGACCAUCUGUGAAAUUUUUGGUUAAUGCUGUACACACAAUGGAAGAACUGAAGCUUACGGGAAAUCAUCUUCAAGGGUCACGCCCUCUCUUGACUUUUUCAUCCAAUUUUGACAAAGAUGGCCACUGGAAACUUUUGAAGGAAAUGAUCAUUCAAAUAUUUGGGACUCCAAAGGAGCACAGGAAAUCUAAGCCUUAUCAUGAUCAUGUAUUUGUUUUCUCCAUUGUUGAUGACCACAUAUGGUUUCGCAAUUACCAGAUAUCAGUUCCUCAUAAUGAAUCAGAUAAAAUGGUUCGAGGUGGCCUGGAUAAAAUGACCCUUGUUGAGGUUGGUCCCAGGUUUUGUUUGAACCCAAUAAAAAUAUUUGGUGGCAGCUUUGGCGGCCCGACACUAUAUGAGAAUCCACUAUACAUAUCGCCAAAUCAGAUCCGAGCAAUGGAGAAAAGACAGAAGGCUGGGAAGUAUGCUAAGAAAAUCAAAGCAAAAAAGAGAAGGAAGAUGCACGAGCUUGAACAUCCAUUGGAGCCGGAUGAGUUUGCAGACAUGUGGAGAGAAUGAUAUUCCUGGACUCUCCCUUGUUUGCUUUGCAAUACUUCGAUGGUGAAGGGAAGCUCGGUGCUACUUUAUCAUAUUGUAUCCUGCAUGAAGAAGCAGAUUUUGUUUUGUUUGUUACAAUUGCCUUUCCUAACUACCCAUUUUUAUGAGUUAAAUUUAUGGCGUCUAUAAUAUCUACUUUGUAGGUGAAGUAUCUGUGCUCCGCUACUCCGGAUUCCAAUGUCAUAUCGUACAUAUACUUAUAAUUAGCAACCAGAUGUUUAACUA